AACAAGGGGUUGGGAGUAUGGAUCUGUACACCCACUUGAGGCUUUGCCAGUUAAGAUCACUAGCAUAAGCAGAGAGGCAAAGCCCUAGUCACAGACAGGGUUGGGAUCCAAGUCCUGGGAGCAGGAUUCACCCAGGAAUUUUGCUGUAAAAGCAUUGAGGAGCCACAGAAGGUGUGUGAGAAAGGCAAGGGUGUGAUCUGGUGGGCAGUGGGCUGGCACUAGAGGUCAGUGGCUCAGCCAGCCUUUCUGGGAGUCCUUUGCCUUGUUCACAGGCCCUCUGAAUUGUCAGCUACAGCCCUGUUCUGCAGAGGAGGCAACAGGCCAGAUGGGCGUAGGAGACACAGCUGCUGGGGAUGCCAGUGCAGUGGGCGUGAUGGGGGCAUGUAGGCGGUGCAGGGUGCGGCCACAGCUGGGGAUGAGGGACAGCUCCUUUACUAACUGUGCAGAAAUGUCCCUGCCACACAUGUAGGGGGUGGUUCAUGGGCACAGUAUGUCAGCAAAUGGUGACACGGGACCAUGCCUCCAACCCCAUUUGGGUCUCCAGACCUCUGGGACAUUGCAUUACCCCCAUACAGUGGCUCUGUCCCCCACAUGUGUAUUAGGCUGAAUACCUGAGGGUCAUAGGUGACCACUCCCAUCCUCUUCUCCAUGUCUGGCCCCACAGCAAGGCCUGUCCUUUGGCCUUUAAACAAGUCGAGGAUCUAUACCCACUCUUCUCCACAGCUCCACCCUGGUCCAGGCCUCUGGCACCCUUCCAGACCCUGGCACAGCCCCCUCACUGGCCUCCUACCACCUCCACUCCUGCCCCUUGCUCCUGCUGUAAACCUGUACUCUGUGGAGCCCAAAAGGUUCAGCCCUGUUGGCAUAUUCCCCUCAGCCCUGCUUCAGGGCCUUUGUAUAAGCGGUGCCCACUGCCUGGGAUACUCUUUCUCCAUGGCCGGUUCCCCUUCCUUCUCAGUGUGUUGGCUGGCUGGACUAUCACCUCCUCAGAGAGGCCUCUAAGCUAAAGUUGUCCUUGUCCUUUGCCAGUGUUACCCACUCUGUUCCUUCCUCAAUUUAAGUGUUUGAAAUUACCUUGUUCAUGUCAUUGUUUCCUGUUCACUCUCUGCCUCCCCCACCAGACUAGGGGCCCCUAAGGGCAGGGGUUAUUUGUGGCCUGGUUCCUACUAUUUCCCCAGGAGUAAGCACAGAGUGCUCAACAAAUGUUUGUGGAGUGAAUGAUGGCCAGAUAAGGGUGUUUGAACCUUGGGCCUGGGGUCCUGGAGGCCAUUCUUGGGGAGACACAGUAGGUGCCUGAGUGUGACUCCGCAUGUGGAAAGGACAGGGUGGGGAGGCUGAGACUUGAGAAGCAAAACUGGUGGCAAGAGGAAUGGGUAGACUGAGGGUUACACACCAGCAGCAGGACCCCUCCAUGUCUUAGAUUCCUCAGAUGUGGGGUCUGGGUUCCAGUAUCAGGCAUGGGCUGGUUCCUAAAGUAAUAUGUGGUCCGUGACCAUCAGUCACUGUCCCUGACUUCCUGGAGCCAUCAGGAGAGGAGACGGUUUUAAUUCACUGCCCACUGCGUGAGACAUUCCUCCCUCCGUGGUGAAUGCCCACUGUACCCCCAAGCACUUUCUGUCUCUCUAAUUUUAUUCCAUUUACACGAGGUGACACGUGUAGCUGCAGAAACAGGCCAGGAAUUUAGCCUAAUGCUAACAUUCAUAAAACGUUUACAGGACACUGUUGUAGUCACCACCUGACAUCUAACCCUUGUAAUCCUCGAGGUAGCCCAGUUUCCCUCCCAUUCUGCACUUGAGAAGACAGGCUUGAGAAGUUAAAUCGGGUGUCUGAUUCCUGAUGAGCCAGGCUCCUGGCCCACCACACAGGCAGAGCAUGUCGGGUGUUCUGCCUCGGUUGGCCCUCUGUGCCAGUCCAGUGUUGGGACCCCAAGGAGCCCAAGCCUGGGGUGGCAGAGCCAGACAGACACAAGAGAAGGGGAGGAGGGAUCCCUCUGAGGGAGCGGACGCUGGAUUUUGCUAGGUAGGAAACAGUCCAACAAGUGGAGCCAGUGUGGGCGCGGUAGCGUGAGCUAGGCCAGGCCUCUGGAUGGGUCUUGAAUGCCGCACGCAGACGCGAUUAGCGCCGCGGGAGAGAGGGAAAGGGGGACGUGAUCUGAUUGACGUUUAGAGGGAAGGGAGCGAAGUUCACCUCCAGACAUCCUGGUGCCGCCAACGCCCCGCCUCCGCCGCCCUCGACCGUGGCAACGCCCCGCCCCGCCGCCCGCGGCCGUGGUAACUGGCCGCCCACUCCGACAGGCGGAUCCUCCUGCAGCGCUUCCGCGUCGCUCGCCCCGCCCCGCCAGGCCCCGCCCCCGCCGCGCGCCUGGGCGUGCGUGCUUCCUCCUCGCGCCCCCAAUCCCAGCCCCGCGGCGCGCCCCCAGCCUCCCGCUCCGCCGGGCUCCCGGGGCUUCUCUGGCCGCGGAGGUUCGCGCCCCGCCGCCGCCGGCUGCGCCUCAGCGCCUCCCGGGCCGCGGGCGGCGGCGCGGCACAAAGAGAAGCAGCAUGUCUGACCCCAGCUACUGGACGGCGGUGGCGGCGCCAGGCCACCGGAGCCGCCUGGCCAAGGGCGCGCUGCUGCAGCGCUCCAAGAGCUGCCGCAGCGGGAGCCGCAAAAGCCUGACAGUAGGAACGCCCUCACCGACCCUUUCCCGGCCGCUGUCACCGCUGUCAGUCCCAACGGCAGGCAAUAGCCCCCUGGAUAGCCCUCGGAACUUUUCGGCUACAUCUGCUGUCAACUUCCCCUUUGCCCGGAGCCACAUUCCCUGCAUAGACAGGGCUGACGGCAGAAGAUGGUCCCUUGCGUCUCUCCCAUCUUCUGGCUAUGGAACCAACACGCCCAGCUCCACCGUCUCGGUACCCACAGUCCCACCUUGGCAAGCAGACAGGCGGUCGAACUCAUCCUCGCGGGAGCACCUCCACCAGCUUCCUUUCCAGCCAACGCCAGACGAACUCCGCUUCCUGUCCAAGCAUUUCCGCAGCUCAGAGAGUGUGGCUGACGAGGAGGGCAGCCACCGUUCACCCCGCUUUCGCCCCCGCUCCCGCAGCCUCAGCCCGGGUCGCACAACAGGAAACUUCGACAACGAGAUUAUCAUGAUGAAUCACGUGUACCGGGAGAGGUUCCCCAAGGCCACAGCGCAGAUGGAGGGCCGUCUGCAGGAGUUCCUGUCUGCCUUUGCUCCUGGCGCCCGGCUGGCACUAGCCGAUGGCGUCCUGGGCUUCAUCCACCACCAGAUUGUCGAGCUGGCCCGCGACUGCCUGGCCAAGUCUGGAGAGGCGCUCGUCACUUCCCGCUAUUUCCUGGAGAUGCAGGAGAAGCUAGAGAGGCUGUUACAAGACGCCCAUGAGCGCUCAGACAGUGAGGAGGUCAGCUUCAUUGUCCAGCUUGUCCGCAAGCUGCUGAUCAUCAUCUCGAGGCCAGCGAGACUUCUUGAGUGCCUGGAGUUUGACCCUGAGGAGUUUUACCACCUGCUGGAGGCUGCUGAGGGCCAGGCCCGCGAGGGCCAGGGCAUCAAGACGGACCUGCCACAGUAUAUCAUCGGGCAGCUGGGCCUGGCUAAGGACCCCCUUGAGGAGGUGGUGCCUCUGAGUCACCUUGAUGAUAGACAGCCCCCAGCACCUGCAUCCCCAGAGAGCCGUGCCUUGGUUGGCCCAGCACGGAGAAAGCCGUGUGAGAAUGAUUUUGAGACCAUCAAACUCAUCAGCAAUGGGGCCUAUGGGGCUGUGUACCUGGUGCGGCACCGGGAUACCCGGCAGCGCUUCGCCAUCAAGAAGAUCAACAAGCAGAACCUAAUCCUGCGCAACCAGAUCCAGCAGGUGUUUGUAGAGCGCGACAUCCUCACCUUCGCUGAGAACCCCUUCGUGGUCAGCAUGUUCUGCUCGUUCGAGACCCGGCGCCACCUGUGUAUGGUCAUGGAGUACGUGGAAGGCGGCGACUGCGCCACACUCCUGAAGAACAUGGGCCCACUGCCCGUGGACAUGGCCCGCAUGUAUUUCGCGGAGACAGUGCUGGCGCUGGAAUACCUGCACAACUAUGGCAUCGUGCACCGGGACCUCAAGCCAGACAACCUGCUGAUCACCUCGCUUGGCCACAUCAAGCUGACCGACUUCGGCCUCUCCAAGAUCGGGCUCAUGAGCAUGGCCACCAACCUCUACGAGGGCCACAUCGAGAAGGACACCCGGGAGUUCGUGGACAAGCAGGUGUGCGGGACGCCCGAGUACAUCGCACCCGAGGUGAUCUUCCGUCAAGGCUAUGGGAAGCCGGUGGACUGGUGGGCCAUGGGUGUCGUCCUCUAUGAAUUCCUGGUGGGCUGCGUGCCUUUCUUCGGAGACACCCCUGAGGAGCUCUUUGGCCAGGUGGUCAGUGAUGAGAUCAUGUGGCCAGAGGGGGAUGAGGCCCUUCCAUCUGAUGCCCAGGACCUUAUCACCAGGCUCCUCCGACAGAGUCCGCUGGACCGUCUGGGCACUGGUGGCACCCAUGAGGUAAAGCAGCACCCGUUCUUCUGGACACUGGACUGGGCAGGGCUUCUGCGACACAAGGCCGAGUUUGUGCCACAACUCGAAGCUGAGGAUGACACUAGCUACUUCGACACACGCUCCGAACGUUACCGCCACCUGGGCUCUGAGGAUGACGAGCCCCGUGAUGAGGAGUUGUCCACAGAGAUCCCCCAGUUCUCCUCCUGCUCCCACCGGUUCAGCAAGGUCUAUAGCAGCUCCGAGUUUCUGGCCGCCCAACCUACACCAACCUUCACUGAACGGAGCUUCAGUGAGGACCGAGAUGAAGGUUGGGAACGCAGCAGCGAAGGAGAGCAUGGCCACUGGCUGAACACUGAGGUCCGGCUGAGGUCCUGGACGUCCUCUGGUUCCUCCUGCCACUCUUCCUCUUCCCAGCCUGAGCAGGGCCCCAGCCCAUCUCUCCUGAACUUGGACACAAUGCCCAAGUUUGCCUUCUCAUCAGAGGAUGAGGGAGCCAGCCCAGUCCCUGUGAUCCCCAAGAGGCCCAUCUUCAUUCUGGGGGAGCCUGACCCUCCCCCAUCAACCACCCCAGCAAUGUCCAAGCCCUCAAGCCUUUCUGCUGACACAGCCGCCCUCAGCCAUGUGCGCCUACGGAGCAACAGCACUGGUGCUCGACACUCCACACCACGGGCCCUGGAUGCUGGUCGGGGCCGCCGCCUUGGGGGUCCAAGAGAAUCAGCCCCUGAGAAAGGCAGGGCCAGCCCCAGUGGGGGCCGCGUGCCCAAGUCGGCCUCAGUGUCUGCCCUGUCACUCAUCAUCACAGCAGAUGAUGGCAGCGGUGGCCCCCUCAUGAGUCCCCUGUCCCCACGCUCGCUGUCCUCAAACCCAUCGUCCCGUGACUCCUCUCCAAGCCGAGAUCCAUCCCCCGUGUGUGGCAGCCUGCGGCCCCCCAUUGUCAUCCACAGCUCAGGCAAGAAGUACGGCUUCAGCCUGCGGGCAAUCCGCGUCUACAUGGGUGACAGUGAUGUCUACACGGUGCACCACGUCGUCUGGAGUGUGGAGGAGGGAAGCCCCGCCCAGGAGGCAGGCCUGCGAGCCGGAGACCUUGUCACCCACAUCAACGGGGAGUCGGUCCUGGGGCUGGUGCACAUGGACGUCAUUGAGCUGCUGCUGAAGUGCGGCAACAAGAUCUCCCUGCGGACUACAGCCCUGGAGAACACAUCCAUCAAGGUAGGCCCUGCCAGGAAAAACGUGACCAAGGGCCGCAUGGCACGCAGGAGCAAGAGGAGCCGCCGGCGGGAGACCCAGGACCGACGGAAGUCACUGUUCAAGAAGAUCUCCAAACAGUCGUCUGUGCUGCACACCAGCCGAAGUUUCUCAUCCGGCCUCCACCACUCCCUGUCAUCCAGUGAGAGCCUCCCAGGCUCUCCCACCCACAGCCUCUCCCCCAGCCCCACCACGCCGUGCCGCAGCCCAGCUCCCGAUGCCCAAGCAGACACCACAUCCCCGCCCAGUGCAUCCCCGAGCUCCAGCAGCCCUGCUUCUCCAGCUGCCACCAGCCACACCCGCCCCAGCUCCCUUCACGGUCUGGCCACUAAGCUCGGGCCACCCCGCCCCAAGGCUGGCCGUCGCAAGUCCACCAGCAGUAUUCCGCCCUCACCACUGGCCUGCCCGCCUGUGCCUGCACCCCCACCCCGCUCACCCUCACCCCUGCCCGGACACCCACCUGCGCCCACCCAUUCCCCGCGGUUGCGCCGGGGACAGUCAGCUGACAAGCUGGGUGCAGGUGAGCGACUAGACGGAGAGCUGGGGCGUCGCGGCCGUGGGUUGGACUCGGAGCUCGUGGUCAUGAGGCGGCUGCACCUGUCUGAGCGUCGAGACUCCUUCAAAAAGCAGGAGGCUGUGCAGGAGGUGAGCUUCGAUGAACCUUCUGAGGAGGCUGCCAGGCCACCCACCUCAGCGCCGCAGAUUGCUGUGGAGGGUGCUGAGGCCGUGCCAGGGACCUGCGAAUCUUCCGGGAAGGACUAAUCCCUCCUACCUGGCCUCUCCCUGGCCUGGAAGUUGGGUGUCAUUUUUUGUGCAAUGUUUUUUCCAUAAAGUGACACCUGGAUGGAGACUGAGCCACGAGCCCAUGACAUCUGGAAGGCAAGAAGCUAUUUUGGUCCUUGCUGGAAGGUGGAGACUGCAGCUCCCUCAGGUUCUGGUGUUGAUUAGGAACUGUAGGGGCAGGAAUGGGGGAUGAGAGUGGCAUUGUAAAUAGCAGCAAAUCCCUGCAACUAAUUUAUUACUUUUUAUAAGCGAUAGCCAGACUGAGCCACCAUAGUGAAGGUGGCUACCUCAGUCCUGCCCCAUGCACCUGGGACCCCAUUUGCAGGACCCUGUCCCCUGGGCUGAGAAGGAAGUAAUUUGUACAAGUCAUACGUGUUUGUAUUUUCUAGUUUUCCUGUACUUUUUAAGUUUUUCUUUGUUACUUGAUCCCAUCCCUGACCUAAGUCUCACGGACUUGAAGGAGCACAGGCAAGCUCACCUGUCCAAGCCCAGUUUAGAUAUGACUUGGAGAGUCUAUAAACAGUUCCCUUUCACCACAAAACAAAGUAACUCUGAUGAUGGGCCAGAUUCUGAGGGCUAUGUUCCAUCAUCAUAGCCUCUAUCCCUAAGCCAGCCUUGCUAGAGUCUGCCUCUAGUCCUCCAGGCUGAAGCCUGGAGGAGUGGGUAUGGGAACUGGGGUUUUGAUGGAUGAGCAGGAGUUCGCCAGAUCUAGGCAAAGGGGUCACUCGCCCAAUAGGCAACACUGAUGCCCUGGGAAGAAGGCACAGGCCUCCAAGGGCACACUACCAGGGUGGGAGCAGAAUGUCUACUCCAGGCAAGAUUUCACAUGUUUGAUUCCCAACAGGGUAAGCCCAUAACUGAUAUAUCUGAAACACCCCCUGAGUGUCCCCUUGAUAUAUUAAAACUUACUGGGAAUGAAAUUCAAAUGAGAAAACCCAACUGUGGGACAGUGAGGCCUGAGUUUGAAUCUUGGCGUUGUGUGGUUCUUGGAAAAAGGCUUCCCCAUUCUGUGCCUCAGAUUCCUUGUUUACAAAACUAAUCCCAGUGACUAUUAAGAACCUACUCUGUGCUAAAUGCUUUUUUACUUGUGGCUUCUCCCUCAGCCAGCCUUGAGAAGGCUGGAGGUGAUGUCAUCCCCAUUUUAUAGAAAAGGAACUGAGGCCUGGCAAGGGGCAGAGACCUAUCCCUUGAUCACCUGGCAAGAGUUAAUGCAGCCAGGCUCUGCCAUUCAAUGGAGAGUUUAAUGACUGAUACAGUGGACUCCAGCCCCAGCUUUUCCCUGGCUGCUAUAUGACCCACUGAUUAAAGAACCUCCAUUUUGCAUUUGGAGGUGGCUGGCAACAUUGCUGUGCCCACAUGAUGAAGACACUUUCCAAGCACUGCAGCCCACUCUGCAUCCCUCCCAGAGACCCCCGCCCAGCACUGUCUGGUGUUGGAGCUAGACCAAGGCUGUGCAUGACUUGCUCCCUUCCAUCCUGGAGCUAACAGUGAAUAAAAGCCCACGUUUACAAAGAGGUCCAAUGUCUGAAUUUGUGAGAGGCAAAGAAAGGAGUAAGGAAAAAGUGCACAGGAGGGGUGAAAACUGACCCUGGCUCAAAGUUACCUGAAGUGGGUUUUGAAGGCUGCAUAGGAGUUCACCAAUGAGCUUCUCCCUAAUGCCUUCCUUCUCUGAGCCUGGCCUCCUGCUGCCCUCUCCCUUGUGAGUACCUGUCGUGGUUUCUGCCCUUAAAAGCUUCAUCCAGACACCCUUCUGUGCCCCUGAGCUGUGCUAAUAAAAUACAUAAACUAU